CUGAAGCAGGUGAGAGAGAGAGAGAGAGAGAGAAGCAGAGAGAGGGAGGGAUACUUUUCUGCACUUCCAAGACACACAGACACACACAUUACGGUGUGGGAAGGACGACAGACUCGGAGCUUCUCAGCAAAAAGCCGCUGUUGUUCGUUCACACGCUGUGCUCUUCUCUUUUCCUCCCUCCUUUUGGCACCGUGCGCGCUCAGCCAAGCCGCACUGUUUGGAGAUAGUCCGCGCGGAAAGUUUUUUUUUUUUUGGAGCAUAUACUGUCUGGAGCAGAUUAAUUGUGUGGCAUCUGUUUUUUUUUUUUUCUUCCUUUUUUUUUGUUUUUUUUAUAUACGAGGCGGAUGACUUACUUUUUUUGCAUGUGAAGACUUUUUUUUUUAAAGUCGAGCUGAGAGGGAUUGUCAAAGUGGUGGUUUUUUUUUUUUGUUGUGCCACAUAAUGGAAGGUAAAUUGACAAGUCGUUUGUGGCGAGGAGGAGCACCGUGUGGAUCAUUCCGCAGGUAAAAAAAACAAAAAAAACGCGCUAUGACCUGAGAGCGUGUUUGUGGAUUUUAAUGUUCAUGACAAGAAGUUUGACUUAGUUUUAUGAUCUGGGACAUUUUUUUUUUUUUACUUGGAUAGGGAGUAUAAAAGUAGGCCCGCUUUCAAUUAGAAGAUCAUCCGACGUUUCCAGCCUUAGAUGGUUUUAUUUGUUAAUAUUAUAGCCGCAAAGUCACGCACUGAUUCGUCAAAAGGAACUGAUCAUUUCCUUUACACUGUCUUUGGACAUUUCUUGCUUCCUACCAGCCCUAUAAACUGUUUUGGCGCACGGAGCGCAUUGACUGACUGACUGAUUGUUUGGUGUUCACCAAAAAAAAAACACCAAACCUGAAGAACUCUUUAGCACUUUCCAAGAAAUCCGGAUAAAACAAAACAAAGUCUUCACUGCAGCUGUGAAAGGAGCUCUUAUAACUCCACCUGGCCUGCCUGCUGUGGGGAUUAUUGGGUCGAUAUCGUCUGCAGAAAGUGGAUUACAACUUCUAACGGGUCUGUGCUCUCUGAUCAAUCGGCAGUAUGAACCUGGGGCUGGGCUGUGUGUGUCGGCCGGUUUGCUGGCCCUUUGGCAGCGUGUUGGACUCCAGAAACUGUGUCUUUGCCGUCACACUCCUCACACUCCUCAUGCAGGUGGUGGUGGAGGCCAACUCUUGGUGGUCUCUGGCCAUGAACCCUUUACUGAUCCCGGAGGCAUACAUCAUCGGUGCCCAGCCUCUGUGCAGCCAGCUGGUGGGCCUGUCGCAGGGCCAGAAGAAGCUGUGCCAGCUCUACCAGGACCACAUGCAGUACAUCGGGGAAGGCGCCAAGACGGGCAUCAGAGAGUGCCAGUACCAGUUCAGACAUCGGCGCUGGAACUGCAGCACGGUGGACAACUCCUCCGUUUUCGGACGGGUCAUGCAAAUAGGCAGCCGAGAAACGGCGUUCACUUACGCCAUCAGCGCGGCAGGGGUGGUGAACGCGGUGAGCCGUGCCUGCAGAGAGGGGGAGCUCUCCAGCUGCGGUUGCAGCCGUGCGGCUCGCCCCAAAGACCUGCCGCGAGACUGGCUGUGGGGCGGCUGCGGAGACAACCUCAACUACGGCUACAGGUUCUCCAAGGAGUUUGUGGACGCGCGUGAGAGGGAGAAGAGCUACCCCAAAGGCUCGUAUGAGAGCGCCCGGCUGAUGAUGAAUAUUCACAAUAACGAAGCUGGAAGGAGGACGGUGUCGGACCUUGCCAACGUGUCCUGCAAAUGCCACGGGGUGUCAGGCUCCUGCAGCCUCAAGACUUGCUGGCUGCAGCUGGCCGACUUCCGCAUGGUGGGCGACGCACUGAAGGAAAAGUACGACAGCGCUGCUUCCAUGAAGCUCAACACGCGUGGAAAGCUGGUGCAGAUGCACAGCAAGUUCAACGCUCCCACGAGCCACGACCUGGUGUACAUCGAGUCCAGUCCGGACUACUGCCUGAAGAACCAAAGCACGGGCUCCCUGGGCACAGUGGGGCGCCUUUGCAACAAGACCUCGGAGGGCAUGGAUGGGUGCGAGCUGAUGUGCUGCGGCCGCGGCUACGACCAGUACAAGGCCCAGAUAGUGGAGCGCUGCCACUGCAAGUUCCACUGGUGCUGCUACGUCAAGUGCAAGCGCUGCACCAAAAUCGUAGACCAAUUUGUCUGCAAGUGAGAAGAGGAGCGUUGCCUGUGUGUGUGUGUUUGCUCGCAGACGAUGGGCAUACAUCUGUGCGAGCAGAGGAGCAAAGGAGUUGAACACAGAGAGAAUGGAAGAAAGAAACUAUAUAAAUUAUAUUUAUAGAGUUAAACAAUUAUGCCAUUGCAAAAAGACUGACUCUUUUUUUUCAAAAAAAAAAAAAAUCGUAUGUCUUCAGAAACUGAGAGUAUCGUGAAAUAUUUAUUUUGAGAUUGUUAUGUUUUAUUUUGGCCCAGUCAUCACCAGCCGAUUUUAACCCAUUCAAGUGCCUAAAACUGGCUGGAAAUCUCGCCCCUCACCCUUUUUUUUUUAGAAAAUACCAUUUUUCUUGUCAGACUGAUUGCGAAAUUGGACUGUGCUUCCAGUUUCCUAUGAGGAGUAGUGUUUUGAUAUGUGUGGCAUAGUUGACUAAGAGGUCCUGGUUUUGUUGUUUGAGAGUGACUGUGUUGAGAGGAGAAUGCGUGCUGUAGUGUAUGGAUGUGUUUUCAUGGGCCCAGCCCCAAACCAGCCUUUACAUCCUAACCGAAGUCUACUCGUUCCCUCUCACCAAACGUAGAGAAAGGAACACUGUUGGUUCGUACGAGUACAAUGGGUACAAUAAGAGGGCUGUUUUGGGGGAUUGGGCCAUUUAUUAAGCUGUCCCAGAAGCCUUAGAGUUCCCCAGGUGCUGCAACAAGCCCUCCACCAUUAUGCACUUUGAUACAGAGGCUUAAACCUGUCUGUGCGUGUCUGUUCAGCUGUUUUUUUUUUUUUUUUUUACUACAGUGCAUCAGCAAAUAUAUCAAUAUUAUAGCCUACAUUCUUUUCCAUAUUAAUUCAGAUUAUCCAUUUAACAUUAUUCUACAAUACUUAAUAUGGUUUGAAUAUAUAUGGGCAAUGUUGUGGUUACAGUGGUGAAAUAUUCCAUGCUCUGUGUAUAUAGUAUGUCUAUCCAACCAAUCAGUAAACUGUAUUUAUUUUCUUUAACCAGAUCCUCCUCUAAGCUUAAAACAGAAAAAGCAUCAUCUCCAUCAUAGAUCAAUAUUUAGUCGGGACGUUUUUAAGUCACUUUCUUUUUAGAAAUUGUGCUCUCACUAAUGCGGCUCUUCACUGUUUUUGUAAAGGGAAAUGCACCUUAUUGUUUCGACACACAAAAUUUGUUCUUGUCACUCAUGUUCAGCUUUUUACUGUUAACACACAAAUAUAUAAAUAUAUAUAUCACAGAUGUUCAGAUUUUUAUCAUCACCCACAGAUUUCCAGUACCACUCCAGUUGACUGCUCACUAUCCCUGUGAUGAUUCUCAAUAGACAAAACUAUUUCUACCAAUCCAAACAUGUAUAUUUAUAAGCUUCUCCAUGAAUUUGAGGUUUGUUAAACGUAAUGUGUUAUAGCUGAUAUUUUGUUACUUUUUACAAAUUGGCUCAAUGCUCUACUUUGUUUCAAUAAAUAUUAAAUGUAAAAACCA